AUCAGACAGCGUGAAUGACGGGGUGGUACGCGGUCUUCAAUGAAAAAGUCCAUGUGUUCACACCUUUAGAUGUCUUGGUCCAUCCUUAAGUCCCAUCAUUUACCAAAGCACACAAGCAAGUCGUGCAUCUUUGUCCUCUUCGUAUAAGAAUAAAUCAACAACAAGAUGAAAUGGUGAACAAACUAACUAAAAACUUUUUAUCAAAUCUAAUAGUCAUUGAUUGUUGAACUCCAUCAUCCAAUGGCUUCUUCGUCGAACCUCAAGAAGAAUUACGAUGUCUUCCUGAGCUUCAGAGGCAUAGAUCUGCGCAAGAAUUUCGUUGGUCAUCUCUACACAGCUUUAGACCAAAAGGGGGUAUACACUUUCAUUGAUAGUGAGGAACUGAGGAAGGGAGACCAAAUAUCGGCGGCACUUAUGAAGGCGAUCGAGGAAUCACGCAUCGCGAUAAUCAUUUUCUCCGAGGAUUAUGCUUCCUCAUCAUGGUGUUUGGAAGAGGCAGCAAAAAUCAUGGAGUGCAAGGAGCAAGGAGACCUCAAAGUCUUUCCGGUGUUUUACAAAGUGGAACCUAGGGAAGUAAGAACACCAAGAGAGAGUUACGAUAAAGCUAUGGAAAAGCAUGAAUUCAAGUUUGGGAAAGAUUCGGAGAAAGUGAAGAGAUGGAAGAAAGCUCUUUUUGAUGCUGGUGGCUUGUCUGGGUGGCCUUUGAAUGAGGGAAACGAGUCAGAGCUUAUACAAGAAAUUGUGAAGAAGAUCUUAACUUACCUAGCCCAAACAUCUUUGCAUGUUGCUAAGCAUCCUGUUGGGAUAGAUUCCCGAGUGGCUGAGCUGAAAUCAAUGUUAAACCUUAAGUCUCAUGAGGAUGUUGUCAUGGUGGGAUUAUGGGGACAAGGAGGCAUUGGGAAGACAACUUUAUCAAAAGCUCUUUACAAUGCUAUUUUUAGACAAUUUGAUGGUUCAUGUUUCCUAGCAAAUGUUCGAGAAGCUUCAAAAAAUUCAAAGGAUUUAGUUCUAUUGCAAGAAAAAUUACUAUAUGAGAUUUUAUCAUUGCAACAAAAAUUAGAAUUGCCCAGUGUCGAUAGAGGUAUUAUUCUAAUUCAACGUCGACUUCGUCACAAAAAAGUUCUCCUCAUUCUUGAUGAUGUGGAUGACUUGCGCCAGUUAGAAGCUUUAGCAGGAGGACGCAAUUGGUUUGGUAAUGGAAGUAGGAUCAUUGUUACUACAAGAGAUAAACAUUUGCUAACUUGUUAUGGAAUUGAUCAAGAUCAUGUGUAUGAAGUUAAACCACUGAGUUACAAUGAAGCUCGUGAGCUGCUUAGCAAUCAUGCUUUUCUGACACUCCAAGAAUUAGAAAUCAGGACAAAUUUGGUGUAUAGUGUUCUGAAUUGUGCUGGAGGGCUUCCUUUAGCACUUGAGGUUCUCGGUUCCUGCUUACGUGGUAAAAGAGAAGAUGUAUGGGAAAGUACACUGAAGAAAAUUUCUAGGAUUCCCAACAAUACCAUUAAUGGUGUUCUCAAAAUAAGUUACGAUGGACUAGAGGAAAAUGAAAAAGAGAUUUUUCUCGACAUUGCCUGCUUUUUUAAGGGGGAGGAUAGUGACUACAUAAUGAAAGUCCUCGAUAGUUGCGAUCUUGAGACAACCGCAGGAUUCGAUAUACUUAUUGAGAGGUCCUUGAUAAGCAUUGACUAUGGAAGACUACAAAUGCAUGACUUGAUUCAAUCAAUGGGUAUGGAUAUUGUGAGACAAGAAUGUCGCAAUGAUCCUGGGAGACGCAGCAGACUAUGGUUGUAUGAUGAUGUUGUCGAUGUUCUUUCACAUGAUAUGGUAAGACUUGCAAAUAUGCUCAAAAUACUACUCCUUAUUUUUCACUCUAAUUACUAAAAAUGCAUAAUGUAAAAGCCUUGUAUGUACAGGGAGAUUGUGCUGUAGAAGCCAUUGUGUU